AGCAGGGGGUGGUGGCGGCCGCAGUGCAGUGCAGUCGGCCCAGCUGUGGGCGGCCCCUGCCUGCUCUGGCCAGCUGGAGACAGCCCAGUGGCGGGGCCGGUAGGAGCUGAGCCGGGGGCAGCCACCUGGGGCCUGCGUCCUACAGCAGUGAGGGCCUGAAAACUGCCUCCGAGGAGUGGAACAGAGGCACCCAGGCAUGCUGGGCCCUCAGUGCUGAGGCCACUGCAGGUCAUGGAGGACACUGCUGAGGUGACCACUGAGGAGCCGACCCCAAUGGGCAGGGAGCUUGCAGGGUCCUCAGGAGGCAGCAGAAGCAGGGACGAGGGCCAGACUGUGGCCAUCAGCUCACCCGCCGGCCAGGAGCGAGCGGGGCCUGAGGAGGCCACGGCUACUGUCAGAGGUGGAACCUGCUGUGUUGCAGAUGAGAUUCCUCCUCUGGGUGUCGCUGGGAGCCCCCCUGGCCAGACAGGAGCAUAUCCCACAGACCUGACCUUGCAGCUUCUGGCUGUGCGGAAGAAGAGUGGGCUGCCAGACCCUGACCUGCAGCAGGCCCUGCGGGGCCGGCUCCGACUACUGGAGAGCGAUAGCAGAGAGGUGGCGCGCGCGCUGGGAGAAUUGUCAGCAAGGCUGUUGUCUAUCCACAGCGACCAGGAUCGGAUUGUGGUAAUGUUUAAGACUUUUGAAGAAAUCUGGAAGUUCUCCACCUACCACGCUCUUGGCUUCACACACCACUGCCUGGAAAACCUGCUCAUGGACCAGAACUUCUGGCUGCUCUCACCCAGUGAGGAAGAGGAGACAGCCAUCUGCGUCCACGUGGAUGAAGAUGCCUUGAAGUUGACCCACGAGAGCCUGCUCGUGCAAGAAGGGCCCUUCUUUGUAUUGUGUCCUGACCACCAUGUGAGAGUGACAACUGGCCCUCAGGGUGCAGGGAGAGGCCCCCAGCCCUUCAGGCGAGCUUCAGGGGGUUCCCAAGGAGAGGUGGCCCCAGAAGCAGGUCCUUUGGUGAGCCCCAGCAUGACCUCUGAGGAGUUAGCAGCGGUGCCCCUGGAGCCUCUGAUCCCAUUUCAUCAGUGGGCUCUCAGGGUCCCCUGGGACCCCGUCGAUGACUCUGUGGGUGAACGAGUGUCCCUCAACACCCCGCUGAUGGCUAUGGGCCUGGCCUCGGCAGUGGCAGACUGCCAGGGCUCAGGGCCUGAAGAGAUGACCUUUCAAGGCGGUGACCUCAUCCAGAUCCUCGGAGCCCAGGUGCCUGGCCUGCCCUGGUGUGUGGGCCGACACAUGGCCUCAGGCCAGGUUGGGUUUGUGCAGACUCAGCUCAUCAGCGCUCAGGGCCCAGUGUCCAGAUUGGAAAGUGUGAUCUUCCUCAAUGAGGAAGAAAGGUCAUUCUUCAGCAACGAGGGCCACUUUUCUGAAGAAGAUGCCAGGCAGUUACUGAGGAGAAUGUCGGCCGUGGACGUGUGCAUGGUAUACAACCUGGACAGAUUAGAAGAAACUGAGCUUGAGAAGCCAGAAAGACAAGAAAUGCCUCCACCUCGCCUGGACCCAGACCCACACGAGACUCUGCAAAAGGUGAAGAAUGUUCUAGAACAAUGCAAGACCUGCCCAAGCUGCCCUGAGGAACCAGUGUCCUGGGGUCUCCAUGUGGCAUCCAGUGAAGUGAGUUCACCAGACUCCAAGGAACCAUCUUUCCACCUAGACACGGAGGCCGACUGGACCGACGCAGAGGCCCUGGGCCCGCUGCUGCAGGCCCUGAACACCCCCGGGUACCAGGCCUGCUUCUAUGGCCUGUAUGACGCCUCGCUGUCAUGGCUUAGUAGCGUGUUCUCCAGCUUCACCGACGAGGAGGAGCUGGCGGGGUGCCUGGCACAGGCCCGGGGGGCGGCCAAGAAAGCCGGCCUGCCCAUGGCCCUGGCAAGACUCUGCUUUCUUCUGGGCCGGCUGUGCGCCAGAAGACUCAAGCUGUCCCAGGCCCGGGUAUACUUCGAGGAAGCUCUGGGGGCUUUGGGGGGAAACUUCGGGGACCUCUCACUGGUGGUGGCUGUGUAUGCCAACCUGGCCACCAUUUACCUAAAGCAGAAGAACAGGGAAAAGUGUGCCCAGGCGGUGCCCAAAGCUGCAGCCCUGCUCUUGGGGACGCCCGGCCACAUCUGCAGCUCCGAGGCAGAGGCUGAGCUCCUGAGGUAUGCGCUGCGGCGGGCUGUGGGUGGCCAGAGUCUCCAGGCCGAGGCCCGGGCCUGCUUUCUGCUGGCCAGACACCAUGUCCACCUCAAGCAGCCCGAGGAGGCCCUGCCCUUCCUGGAGAGGCUGCUGCUUCUGCACAGGGACCUUGGGACCCAGGAGGCCUUAUGGCCCUCAGACUGCUACCUGCUCCUGGCAGACAUCUACAGCCGGAAGUGCCUUCCCCACCUGGCCCUCAGCUGUAUCAAGGUGGCCUCACUGCAGACACGGGGCUCCCUGGCCAGCUCACUGAGGAGCGUGGACCUUGUGCUCUGGAAUGCCCCCCGGCUCCACAGCCAGAGGCAGGCAGCUCACAGUGUCCCCUCCCAGACUGCCCACUACCUCAGGCAGGCGCUGGCCUCCCCAUCCUUGAGCACGGGGUGUGCCCUGCGUGGCCCCCUCUGCUCCAGCCUGGCCCAGCUGCACAGCUACCAUGGGCAGCACAGGCCAGCCAUUGCCUUUAUGAUACAGGCGGUGGAAGCCGAUGCUGUGGCUGGAGUCCACCCUGUUGUGGAUCACCUGGUGGCCCUCGCCUGGCUGCAUGUGCUUUAUGGGCAGAGCCAAGUGGCCCUGGACAUCCUGGAGUCCAUCCUGGAUGCAGAAGUGGCCAGUGAGGACCAGGAGGGCGUGAUCACCAACAUGGCAGCCAUGGCCUUAAGGAGGACAGGCAGGAUCCGGCAGGCGGCUGAGGGCUACUACCGUGCCCUGCGCAUGGCCAGGGGCCUGCACCAGCUACGGAACGAGGCGGUGGUGCUGGCCAACUUUGGGGCGCUGUGUCUGCAUGUGGGGGCCAGUAGGCUUGCCCAGCACUACCUCCUAGAGGCUGCCCAGCUCUUCUCACAGCUGCCCAGCAGGGAGUGUGGCCGGGACUUCACCCAGGUGCUCCUGCAACUGGGUCACCUUUGCACUCGCCAGGCCCUUCCCCAGCAGGGCAAAUGCUACUAUGAGUGGGCCUUCCUGGUCGCCGUGGACACGGACCACCUGGAGAGCCAGCUGCAAGCCGUCCAGUGGCUGUGCCACUUCUACAGCACCAUCAUGCCCAGCGAGGCCCAGUGUGUCAUCUACCAUGAGUUCCAGCUCUCACUGGCCCGCAGGGUAGCCGACAAGGUUCUGGAAGGACAGCUCCUGGAGACCCUCAGCCAGCUCUACCUGUCCCUGGGCACUGAGCGGGCCUACAAAUCUGCCCUGGACUAUACCAAGCGAAGUCUGGGGAUAUUCAUCGACCUCCAGGAGAAGAAGAAGGAAGCACACGCCUGGCUGCAGGCCGGGAAGAUCUACUACAUCCUGCGGCAAGACGAGCUGGUUGACCUGUACAUCCAGGUGGCACAGAACACAGCCUUAUACACAGGUGACCCCCACCUGGGGCUAGAGCUGUUCGAGGCAGCUGGAGACAUCUUCUUCAAUGGGACCUGGGAGCGGGAGAAAGCCGUGUCCUUCUACCGGGACUGGGCGCUGCCCCUGGCAGUGACUACAGGCAACCAAGAGGCAGAGCUACGGCUGUGCAACAAGCUGGUAGCACUGUUGGCUGCGCUGGAGACGCCACAGGAGGGUCUGGAGUUUGCACACACGGCCCUAGCACUGAGCAUCACCCUGGGGGACCGGCUGAACGAGCGUGUGGCCUACCACCGGCUGGCCACCCUGCACCACCGGCUGGGCCACGGUGAGCUAGCCGAACACUUCUACCUCAAGGCACUGUCGCUCUGCAGCUCGCCGCUGGAGUUUGAUGAGGAGACUCUGUACUACGUGAAGGUGUACCUGGUGCUUGGGGACAUCACCUUCUAUGACCUCAAGGAUCCCUUUGACGCAGCCGGGUACUACCAGCUGGCACUGGCGGCAGCCGUGGACCUGGGCAACAAGAAGGCCCAGCUGAAGAUCUACUCACGACUGGCCACCAUCUACCACAACUUCCUCCUGGACCGCGAGAAGUCCCUCUUCUUUUACCAGAAGGCGCGGACCUUUGCCUCUGAGCUCAACAUCCGCAGGGUCAGCCUGGCUCCCCCGCGGUUCUGUGGGCGCGCCCCCUGGCUGGCACCUGGCUACCCACCCUAAAGAGGGUCCCCGGGCAGUGGGAUUUGUGGAAGGGGGUCCUUUGAUUGCCCUAGAAACUCUGGACAACCUCAUUUUCUGAGAAAUGGAGGCACAAAAGCAGGGUCAAGUAGCAAUAAAUGUUUUUUUCAGUAACUUACUAAAUUCACCAAGGCAUCCUUCCUGGGGAGCGUUAGGGGACCUGAGAAGGAUGGUGAGUCCAGCAGACCUGGGCAGGUGCCCCCUGCCAGCUACGCAGCGUAGCCUUGGGUGAGCCACUUCACCUUGAGCCUCAGUUUUCGUGGCUGUUGGAGAAAGAGUGGUGGGGUUCCUGGGACAGGUCCUGGAAUGGCAGCACCCCUCUCCCCAGCUCUCACUGUGGGUCUGGUACUGCCCCUUGCCUCCGGUCCUCAGACCACUCUGUGAGAGGUUGGGACUACUAUUGUCCCCAUUGGCUGUUGGGGAAACGAGGCACAGAGAAGUUAUGUGGCUGGCCCAUGGUCACAGAGCAGGUAGGGGGUAAGCCUCAAAGUCCCACAUACUGACCACCACACCUACCGGGCCAGCCUGCUGCUGGGGAGGGAUGUGCCCCCCAGCAGGACUCAGGGAAGCUCCUGUAUAUCUCUGCCCCUUGUCUGUGUCAGGAGAAGCUUCAGACCAGGGAGGGAGCCCAGGUGCCCCCUGUAGAAUGUCCUCUACUCCCAGAUGUGGCUGGGCCAAGCCUGACCUGUCCCAACUCUAGUUGCUGUUCAGCCUUGUAGGAAGUAAGGUGCAGUCCUCACCUGUGUGGAUGCUGCUGCAGUGCGUUUAAGGGUCCCCCAAGCCAACCCUAACCCUAACCUCCUGGAUUCCCAUGCUACUGAAGGUCAAGACUGAGGAACUUGGCCUUUAGCCAGCCAUAUACCCAUGGCCAUGGGGCCCUGCCCUGACCUUUGCUAUGACUGUAGCAACCUGGGGCUGGGCCAUCACUGCUCAAAGAGGAGCCUGAAGCACCUGUGGGGUGUCCCUUCCUCCCACAGACCCCCUCCCAUGCCUGGGCCUGCAUGAGGGUCUGCCCUUGCCUCGACUGGUGCACUCCAGUGCCCUGCUGAAUUGCAGCCUGUACCCUGUCUUUUUGGGUAAAGUCCAUGGCUAUACCAUGGAUGUUCUGUUCUGGCCAGGGUAUUCCAUCCCAAUGUCUGGAGGAGAGUAGUCGAGACCCACAGCACUGAGGAAGAUGUGUGCGGAAAGCUCAGAGUUUAUGGCUGCAGUCAGAUUGUCUCAUGGCCGACCUGGCACGCGUGCCCCCAACUCAUCACUAAGCUACAAUACUCACACUCUGCAAUGCUUCAGCUGUGACUGUGGGUAUGGUAGCGGGCCACACGAACCUCAGGCUUCCCAUUAAGAAAUGCUUCUGCUGAGUGUGGAAGGAUACCACGAGCGCGUGUGUAAAGUACUUCCUACCCAGCAAACCCACGCGACAUACAGUCGUAUCCAUCAUUCCUUACAACAGCACAGAACCUUGAGGCACUGUCCUACAUCAUGCAGGCCUGGACAGUAAACUUGCUCAUCCCUACAGAACUCACAGCCCAUUCUCUGUUCCAAGUCCAGGUGGCUUAGAAGCUCAAGCCGGGGGCCUGAGGCUGCUGUUUGGGAGGGCAGUCCUACCUUGACCCCUUCUGUCCCAAGGCCUCCCAUUCUCAGAGUCCCCAAGCUUCAGUUAUCAUUUCAGCCCUUUUUAAACCCAGCCUCUCUGCUCAGAGGUGAUGGAAGCCUCUUGGUAGUGUCUGCUCUUCUAGCUUUGCAAGAACUGCCGCAGGACCCUAAUGUUUACCCUACCUACCACACUUCUCCUCCAGGUAUGGAUGAAAUUAAGGAAAGACCACCCUUGUGUGUUGCUCCCAGUUUUAAAUUUGGAAAAAAUGUCAAUUACAAAGAGGAAUUACAAAAGUCAAUUACAAAUGGGAAUUUUAUUGGUAAUUUAACUUUUUAAUUUUAUUAUUUUUAUUUUUUUGAGGCAGAGUCUCUCGCUCUGUCACCCUAGCUAAAGUGCUGUGGCAUCACGGCUCACAGCAAUCUCAAACUCGGGUUCAAGUGAUGCACCUGCCUCAGCCUCCCAAGUAGCUGGGACUACGGGGCCCACCACAACGCCCGGCCAGUUUUUUUAGUAGAGACAGUGUGUCAUUCUUGCUUGGUCUGAAACUCCUGAGCUCAAGUGAUCCAUCCCUUGGCCUCCCAGAAUGCUAGGAUUAUAGGCAUGAGCCACCAUGCCCGGCUUUAUUGAUACUUUUAAAUAAAAGGUAUCAAAUGUCCAUGUGUUCUAUCAACAUUUUAAUCAAUUUGAAAUCAGAGAACACGAUAAAUGAUUUCUCAUUGCCUCCUUUACCUCCCCUCAGCCUUGCGUGGUCCUCCUUCCCAGCACUCUGGACACUGGGCAGCUCAAUCCCCUGGUGAAACAUCCGCCUCCCCAGCGGGACUGUGACCUUCUGCUCGCACUCAUCUCUCACUCCCUUUAAACCCCAUAUCAUCUUUGAAAGUCUAAUGUGCCCAGGGAUUUGCACCCUGGAGAUCUACACUGUCUCCAACUAUAGCUUACACACACACACACACACACACACACACGGUGUCCUGUGACCCAUACACAACCAGAAUCACACUCAGUGGCAGCCUGCCCCAAAGUCAUUACUAAAAAUCAUUAGAGGGCAGAGGAGCCUGUACGAUGAAGACAAGGGCAUAGCACACCCCUGGCAAACAACUUGAAAAAGUCCUAAUAAUGCUUUCUCCCCAUAUUCCUUUUUGGGUAUUCUGCCCCUAAGAGCACUCAAAUCAGCUUCUUCCUCUUGUACAGUGUCCCCCCUACCCAGGCCCCACUGCUCCAUCUUAAACUCCCUCUUUCCUUUCCCACAUUUUAAAAUCUCACCUCAAUUUUACAGAGCAAUGUACUGAACUGAAACCUGAACAGCCAAACCCAUCCUGACGUGGGGAGCAGCCUUCCCCUUAGCAUAAUGUUACUGCUAAUGAGCACAAUCGAAAUUGUAUUAAGUAAUGCCUUUUGUUUUGAAUCACACCUCUGGUUACUUCCUCCAAGAAAGGCUUUAUGAUUUUUUUUUUCCAUCUAUGUUGUAAAUUUUCACCACAAUUCCUAUUAGUUCCUUUAUACUUUUGAAAACAAUGACGUCGGGCCAGGUGUGGUGGCUCACUGACUGUAAUCCCAGACUCCGGGAGGCCAAGGAGGGUGGAUUGCUCCAGCUUAGGAGUUUGAGACCAGUCUGAACAAGAGCUAGUUCUUGUCUCUACUCAAAAGAGAAAAAGGCCCAGCGUUGUGGUGGCGCCUAUAGUUGUAGCUCUCAGGAGGCUGAGGCCAAAAUCAUUUAAGCCCGGGUGGCACCUGUGGCUCAAAGGAGUAGGGCACCGGCCCCAUAUGCCAGAGGUGGUGGGUUUAAACACAGCCCUGGCCAAAAACUGCAACAAACAAACAAAAUCAUUUAAGCCCCAGAGUUUGAGGUCACUGUGACCUAGGCUGACACCAUGGCACUCUAGUAGGGGUGACAGAGUGAGACUCUUGUCUCAAAAAAAAAAAAAAAAAGAAAAAGAAAACAAAACAAUGACGUCACUUUUCUUGAUGGUGUACGAUGUGUCUAAUAGGUGUUUUCUCCCCCCAUGUUAGCCCAUAAUCUAGCCGCUAUGACCCUUAAAGCAUCCCCAUUUAAUUACGAACUGCUGAAGUGAAGCCUGGUGUCAUUUCCUUACAUUGCUUAGCUUCCCUACGCUGCCUCACUGAAUCUGAUGAAGCCUCUUUGGCCCCAGACACUGAUCCUUCCCUUCCCCUACUCAGGGAGGGUUUACCAGUGAUGACGGCUCCUUCCUUUGGUGUCUUCUCUGGCACCUGCAGCUUCCUGAAAAGCCUGCCCCUCUCCUCUCUUCCCUUAACUGCAAAAGGUCUCUCUGCUCAGAAAAAUCUCUUCAUAUAGCCUUGCGCCUCUCGUAUUAUUGUUGUUUCAUACAUCUGUUUGUUUAUAACAAGUCUGGUCCUUACAGCCUCUGAAGUUCCUAGGACUGAUCUCAAAUCCAAACAUCCUUUGAAGUCUAAGCAAAAUGAGCUACACCAAAAAAUUUCCGGGUGAGAAGUUAUACAAAUGUCACAUUGAAAAUAUAGUCUUCAAAAAUGGCCACAAAAAAAAAAAAAAAAAAAAAGGUUGGGAAACUGCUCCCGAUUAAUGGGAACUAAAGACAAAUGGCAACUCAAUGCAAUAUGUGAUUCUAGACUGGCUCCCAUAAUGGAGAUUCUUUUUAAAAGCCAAAAAGGGUAUUACCAGAUAAAUGGACACAAAUGGAACCGGAUAAGAGAUUAGUUAAUGGUUUAACGGCAAUGCUAAAAUUACUGGAGGGGAUAAGUAUGUAAGGGAAUAUUUUUAUUAAACACACAAUGAAAUAUUCGAGGAACAAGUGCAUGAUGUGCGAAACGUGUUUAUAAAUAUUCAGGAGUGUGUGUGUCUUUUGUGUGUGUGUGUGUGGAGAGGAGAGAGAAAAGGGAGGGGAGGGACAGAGAAAAGAGAGAUCACAAACGGGUCACCCGUGGUUCCCAGCCUUCCCAGUGCCGGGAUGCAUUCUCAUUGUUGUUAUAAAGUGGUCGCCACCCACAGGGUGAGAACCGCUGGGUUAAAUGGUAAAGAGUUAUACUGCCAUUUACCAUUCAUGUAACUUGUCUACAAUUGUACCUUCUUUCAAAUAAAUAACAUUUAAAAAAGAUGGAGCACUAAGUCGUCUU